AUGAUUUUCACACUACUUAUUUUAAUUGGAGGUCUUCUUGCAAUUUAUUAUUUAAUUGGAAUAUACAAUGAGACGUAUUGGAAAAAACGGGGCAUUACUUUCUACCCGAAAAGCAAAGUCCUUGGCCCCAUGGGACAAUACAUAACCUCAAGUCGACCGCUGUUUGAAAUCUUCAAUGACAUUUAUAAAACGUAUUCCGAUGAACCUGUGGUUGGCAUUGGCUCUUUGUUCAACCCUGCGCUUUUUGUAAAGGAUCCAGUCAACGUCUAUCACGUUUUAACUGCAGAUUUCAAUUCAUUCAGUCACAGAGGAUUUGAUAUGAAUGAAGGAGAUAUACUUGCAAACAAUGUUGUCUUCAUUAAUGGGGACAGAUGGAAGCUAAUACGACAGAAAAUGACACCACUAUUUACUGCGACUAAAUUGAAAAGCAUGUAUUACUUGAUGGAUCGCAGUGCACAAGAUUUUGUCGACUAUUUAAAUAAGAGACCGGAACUGUUAAAGGGGAAUGCAUUCAAUACUCUUUGCACUUUUACAAAUGCCGCUGUAGGAGCUGCCGUAUUUGGGAUUGAAAAUGAGUCGAUAUUUGAGUCACCUUUUCUUAAGAUGGCUCUCAGCGCCUUCAGACCGACCAUUAAAUUUAAUUUAACUUUUGCAAUUGGAUCACUGAAUGCAAGACUAUAUAAACUAUUAAAUUUAACAAUUUUUAAAGACCACGAAAAAUUGUUCAUUCCAGCUAUAAAAGAAGUGAUACGUAAGCGAGAGGAAUUGAAAGUUAAAAAACAUGACUUUGCAGAUUUGUGUGUUAAUUUAAAAAGUAAAGGUACAAUGAAAGAUCACGAUUCUGGUUUAGAAUUACAACCUACUGAUGAAUUAUUGGCCGCUCAAGCGUUCUCUUUCUAUAUCGCCGGAGUGGAACCCACGGGCACGGCCAUGUUUAACAUUUUAGUAGAGCUGGGCCGUAAUCCUGAUUCGUUAAAACGCCUACACAAAGAAAUCGAUGAUUCGUUUGAGAAAUAUAAUAACGAGAUGACGUAUGACGCCAUUCAGGAAAUGGAAUAUCUAGACAUGGUGCAUGAUGAAGCGUUGAGGAUGCAUCCACCAAUAGGAUAUUUGACAAGACAAUGUGUUAAGGAUACCGUACUGCCCGUUGGAAACGUUAAAGUAGAAAAGGGAACGAAGAUAUUUACUCCAAUAUAUUCAAUACACCAUGACCCAAAGUUUUACACGAAUCCUGAAGUUUUCAAUCCAGAGAGAUUCUCACGUGAAAAUUCAAAGAAUAUAAACAAUAACACGUUCAUGCCAUUUGGCGAAGGAAAGAGAUUAUGUAUUGGCAUUAGAUAUGGAACUUUACAAGGAAAAGCAGGUUUAGUUCACUUACUUCGACACUUUACUGUUAAAACCAAUAUCAAAGAGCCUGGAUUUAAAUACAGUAAGCAGACUAUACAAGUGCGACCUACUAAUGUAGAUGUUCAAUUUAUACCUCGAAACCACUGA